AACCCCUUGCGCGCACAAGCAGAGCGCGAAGUCUCCCGCAAAGAACAAUCGUUAUCCGUGGAAUCCUUUUCAGCGACAAGGAAUUAAUUAUUUUUAAUAACAUCUGAAGAUUUUACAGUAAGUUCAAAUAUGUGAGAGUAUCGCAUUUUCAUGCUGAAAAGUGCUGAAGCGUUAGAGCGAAAUUCUGUGGAGAAAGUCAGUUGAAUGGAUAUAAACUUCGUACCUAAAGGCUAUUUUCACAAUAAUGUGAUUUAAAUGUAAAUACGUACGGGGAAAUGUUACAGACUAAAAAACCCCGGUAUUAACAAAGUUUGCUAAUACGCAAGCCAAUAUCUCUCAAUUUUAGAUUUACAUCGCAUAGAUAUAGCCUAUAGGUUGGGCUAUUUGUUGGUGUAGUUUAACAAAUAAAAUUAAAAGUGGGCUACAAACAAAUUUAUUUUUUGGUCCAUCGACUAGGCUGUUCUGGAUAUUUGACCUGUAGCCUAUUAUAAUGCCAGUGCUAACUAGUCCGGAUAUUGCCGUAAAGUUUAAAGAGAAAUGGCUGUCUUUACAUCCCGAGGACCGGGACAGCUUUGGCGGUUUGGGAAACCUGGACGACAGUCUCACCAACCUUCAGUGGCUGCAGAACUUUUCCAUCCUCACGGCUCAACCGGAGAGGCACUCCACCUCCGGUCAUCGCCAUUCCCCAAACAUGCACCCGACGGACACGGAGUCCCCUUCCAGCCCUCCCGAAGGGGAUACAGCUGCGUCAGGUGUGCCGCAGACCUUAGGUAACCACAUAACAUCCAGCGCCACGGCUAAUGCGAGCUCCGGCGAUUACCACCAGCAAGCCACAAGGCACGUUUACCACCAUCACGUCAUUCGACCUUCCGAAGAGAUAGACUACAAGACAAACCACCGGGUGAAACCACCUUACUCCUACGCCACACUUAUUUGCAUGGCCAUGCGAGCGAGCAAAAAAACCAAGAUCACCCUGUCCGCCAUCUACAACUGGAUCACGGAGAACUUCUGUUACUACCGACACGCGGAGCCCAGCUGGCAGAACUCCAUUCGCCACAACCUGUCACUCAAUAAGUGCUUCAUGAAGGUGGCCAGAACGAAGGAUGAACCCGGCAAAGGUGGGUUUUGGAAAAUUGACCCUCAGUACGCCGACAUGUUUGUGGACGGGGUGUUUAAGCGCAGGAGGACCCACGUCGCAACUCACACUGCCCCCCAGAGGCGGCAGGGCAAGACGGCACCCCAGCACGGCCGCAGACGCAAGCACACCUCCCAAAAGUGGGUUACGGGAACCCCCCUGCUGACACCCCAGCCCGAAGGGAGCGAGGCUUCGGAGGGUGUCCUGGACUGGACCUCUGGAUUUGAGGACAUUGUUUCCUGCAGCAGCAGCAGCGGUAACUUCGAAGACCUGGAUAUCAACAUGGCCCUGAAUGCCUUGGGCUGCGGGGCUGAGAUCUCCCUGCAAGGGCACCCCUUGGGGGCUGGGGGGAGGUGGUGUAGUGGGGGAGGGACCCUGGGGGCCGAGCCAGCCUGCGAGUACUCGGAGGUGAGCGACUCUGUGGGGGAACACCUCUGCCUACAGCAAGGCGUGGCCCAAACACACCCACCUUCCCACCCAGUGCAGUACAAGGAGCUGACCUCAUUCCCCCAGAAGCAGCCACACCCCUGGGAGGAGUCAAGGGAGGAGCUCCAGCCCAUUGCCUUAGCUACAGACCAGUCCUUCGGCUGCUAUGAGGGGUUCUUCACAGAGGCGGUACCCUGGGAGGGGGCAUGGGGUCUUACCUGUGAUCUUUGACCUCUCCACAUACCCUGCCCCCUUUUGAAGGUCAGGAGACCUCGCAGUUUCUAUUGUGCUAUGUUAGCAUCACAAACGCUCAGGAGGUAAGACCGAUGGUCUGGCAGUCGGAGGGUUGCCGGUUCAAACCGGUUCAAACCCCGCCCUGGGCGUGUCGAAGUGUCCUUGAGCAAGACACCUAACCCCUAACCCCUAACUGCUCCGGCGAAUGAGAGACAUCAAUUGUAAAGCGCUUUGGAUAAAAGCGCUAUAUAAAUGCAGUCCAUUUACCAUUUACCAAACGCUGACAAAAAACUGCUUUUUCCCCUUUUUUGUCUUCUAUUUUGUCACAUCUAACACGUUUUGCAAUGUUAAUGUCAAAAUUAGUUACUGAUUAAAACUUGUAGGAAAAUAAUUAGUCAUUAGACACAAAUGGUACAGGCAAACAAAGAUGGUACUUUUGAAGUACUGGAAGGGAACAAUGCCUGUGGACUCCGUAUUAAACUGGGUGUGAGAGGGUUAGGAAGAGCAUGUAAGUAAAUUAGAAAAACCCUCAUAGACGGCAGGGUGGAACUCAAGCCUCCUGCUUCAGUGGUUGUUAAAUUAUGCAUGGAGAUUUAGGUAAGGGAUCCUUUUCUCCAAACGAGGCAGGUCCCGGAGAUGUAAAUGGUAAAACAAUAAAAACAUGGUCUGCAGGCCCGUUUGCACCCCAGAACCUCCCUGUUUACCUGCCGAUUCACAUGACUUCACUCAGGACCAAUGUUUUUGCUAUUAGCGCUACUUAAUUGCUGAUCUGUAUAUUUGUAAUUGCAAAUUAAGCAUGCUGUUUACAGGGUGUGUAAAGCAGAAUGUGUAUGUGCUGGCGAAUCUUGAAGCAACUUUCAUACAACAACAAUAAGACAAGGGAACCACAAACACUAACCCACAUUUAUUAGUACUUUAGGACAAGUCUUGCAAUAUGUUUUUGCUUAUAAAUUGAGCUGGAUCUCUCAUUGAUCCACAGGAUGACUACAGAUCUUACAACUCUACAGCUUUUGUUUGGUUUAGUCAUUGGGCUCUCAUGAUACUGGUUUGGACCAUGAGCACGAUAUCUCUAAUUUGAUACGCCUAGAUAAAAGGCCUUUAAUUUUCUGUAUUUUGUUCUACUUGGUUGUUUGUGGAAAGGCUGAGGGGAACAUUAUGUUGACAGGACUGAAUUUUGAUGAUCAUUAAAAAAAGCAAAGCACUUAGUGUCAAAAAUGUGUGGCUCAAAGAUCUUUGGAAAGAUUCUGCUGCUAAUUUAUUUUAACAAAAAAAAUAUAGCACUUUUUUUUGUAGAAUACCUUCCAAAUUCACUUAAGGGAAUAAAAAGUGAAUUUUCCCCAGA